AAUUGUUUACUGCCUUUUAAAUGUAGCAAACCACUUUCAAGUUAAUAUAAGGGAUUGAUGCGUGGAAGAAAUAUUGGAAUUUUAGUGAAUUCCUUGUCACUGAAUUUCUUCCCAGGUAUGCAAACUCUCUUGCUCUGACCAUAGUCGUUUAUGGUCUUAUCACAGAUUUAUGGAAGACAACGUGUUCCAUCUUUAAACUUACGAACAAAAGCCCUUAGUAGUAACCUGACUUGUCAAUCAGUAUGCUAUAGCUACAUAGUAGGCGAUUAUUCCUUUUUCGUAUCAGGCAUUGAUUUACUUGAAGUAACACAGCACACGCUUGUACACACGUGCGCACACACGCACAGGCACACGGACACACACAACCAAUGAAAUGGCUUCAAAAGAGGCUCUUGAAUGGUAGGGCUUUUGGAAACUAGAAGAAAAUACUUUCAUGAAAACAGAUCUAAGAAAGUUCAGUUUCUAUUAAUGGAAAAUUUUCCUGAGAAGUAUAUUCAUGUUGCUGUUUCAAGUUUGCUUUAUCACAGUAGACAAAUAAACAAUAAUCAUGUUUUGGAGAAAGAAAUAUUGAUGAACAGAAAUGCCUACACAGAAUGUGGCAGGAAAAUCCCAUAAAGAAUACUUCUUAUGGCAGAAAGAACACUCCCAACUCAUGGCUUUUUUUUUUUUUUUUUUAAUCCCAGAAAUAAAGACUUAAGCACACAGUGGUAUCCUCCACCCUUAGGAACUCUAGAAAAUCAACACGGCUUGCCAAAUAAGUCAAUAACUUCUAAAAUCGAAUUAGAGCUAAGUAGUUGCUCUGCCCGUAUGAUACUAUUUGAUUAUGACUUGACAAGUUAAUUCAUGUAUCUUAGUAUUUAUGCCAAUUACUAUGCUAAAGAACUAGUUUUUUUCUCUCUUUUAUUUUUAUUUUCUUUUUAAUUUUAUAUUUUGCAGAGGUAGUUUGUAUAGGUUGCUUCACCGGCUUAACGAUCAAUUAGAUGAAAGUAGGUGCUUGAGGAUGGCCCUUUAUGCUGCCUGUGUAAUGAAUUAUUUGCACUACUGCUCUCCCAUAAUAGUGCACCGUGAUUUGAAGUCUCCAAAUUUACUAGUUGAUAAGCAUUGGGUUGUGAAGGUGUGCGAUUUUGGCUUAUCACGGAUAAAGAAUAGCACAUUUUUUUCUUCAAGGUCAACUGCAGGGACAGCUGAGUGGAUGGCCCCAGAAGUGCUAAGAAAUGAACCUGCAAAUGAAAAGUGUGACAUUUAUAGCUUUGGGGUCAUACUGUGGAAACUCUCUUCGUUGCAACAACCAUGGGGGGGAAUGAAUCCAAUGCAAGUUGUUGGUGCAGUUGGAUUUCAACAUCGGCAUCUUGACAUUCCAUAUGAUACGGAUCCUGCCAUUGCAGAUAUUAUUCAAAAGUGCUGGCAGACGCAAAGUAAUGUUUUGAUUAUUUUCUUCCAUCCAUCCAUUAAUUGUUUUGUUGUCUUACCUUCUUACAUAACCAUAGCUAUUAAGACAUGCUUGCUCCAGUAACACGUUGACUGGAGUGCAGCCCAGGUUGUCACUUGAACCCUGUCAAAACCCUGGGAAACCCACCUAUCUGUUUCUCUUUCUCUCUCUAGAGAGCGAGCCAUGCCAAGGCCAUAUACAAAUUCUUCCAAAAAACAUGUACACAGAUUCAAGUUCAAAAAACAUCCACUCUCUCAAGUGCUCUACGGCGUAACAACCGUCUCCACUAGGAUGCUAACACGUACAUAGGAAAUAACAACUAGAGACUGUAAAUAAAAAGCCAAAUACAAGCUGAACUUAAUGCAUAUUAAACUGAACCGUGCGCUUCAAGUGUUUCCCCAAACGGUGCGCUGCACUUUAUUCCUUUACUCCAAACGUGCGUUUUGAGCAUCCCCUUCAUUUCUUCAACCAGUUCGCAGAACCUCCAGCGAAGAUAAGUCUUCUUCCUUCCGACAGUCACUUCUUCCCUGUCUACCCUUCCACCAACAGAGGUCAUAACAGCUCAGCCGUGCCAGCGUCCUCCUCCGCAUUCUCUCUAAACCUCCGAAGAAAGCUU